AUGGGCAGCCUUGUUAAGUCGCUUAACCACCAGCAAGUCUGCUGGUCAAUCACAGAUGCAACGGGCCAACCAGUUUCAGCGAUCGAUGCCAAAAAGGAAGAUCGAAGCCGUGAGGCAGAAGCUGAAGGAAAACUAAUCUACCAUCCUGGGCUUAACCCAAAGGACGAGACUUGUUCACCUCACCCAAUCCUGACCGACAAAACGUUUAUCCUGCGUAUGGCAUUCUUCAACGACGCUCUUGUGAAGGCUGUUGUCAAUAUUGUAGAUCGAUGGUGGAUGGACACUGAUGCCGACUUUCCGGCUAGAAUGCCUUUGGAAGCGCCCGUGGAGGCAGCGUUACAAUGGAUAGACGAGCAAAGACGCAACCAAACCUUUCCAGAAUUGAAGGACCAUCUUGGAAAUUGGAGACCUGAUUUCCUCGUUAUCGGGAAUGACAGCACCAUGGGCCCUGGGUUUCAGGUCUGCGAAAUCAACAGCCGCACGCCUGAUAACAUAUUCCUUCGCAGCGCACACAGACACCGCAGAAUGCGCCAAAUGAUCGGACCUAGCUCUGUUCUGCAGCCUGCAGGAGACCCCGACAAUUGGGAAGAGAGCCUACUUCGUCUAUUCCACACGCACCUGCCGGUCCAUAUCCUUCGAGGAAGAGACAAACUCGGGCGACAGGAACUCGUGCGAAUGAUGGAACUGAGGACCGGGAUCUGCCCGCGAAUUGUCCAUGUAGAUGAUUUAGAGUUGAAGCCUGAUGAGUCUUCUGGGACGGGUUAUUCGCUCUAUUACCAAGGCGAGGGCGUAUCCGAAAAGAUACAUCAGGUGGUCUCGACGCUUUUCCCAGACGAGUUCAGCCUGCUGCCGCAAGAUAUGCUUCGACAGCUAGCGAUGGUGGCAGUGAACGAUUUGCGGAUUUCAUUACUAGUGAAUGAUGAGCGUUUCCUAGGCAUUAUAUUACAAGAGCUCGACACUUUAGUCACCAAGCAUGGCAUCCUAACCCCGGACCAAGCUAACGCCCUCCAACAAGGCAUAGUACCUACACUGCUCCCUGGGUCCCCAGAACUCAAGCAAUGGAUGGAAAGAAACAACCAAGACGAAGCGAGCAAAGACAACUAUAUUGUAAAAGCGGCGCGCCAAAGCCGCGGAAGUGGCCAUUUACUCGGCGCGGAUCUCUCCCCACAAGAAUGGGCAAGUAUCAUGCGUGAGAUGCAAGAUCCGCGUAUCCGCCCAGGCGUUACAUCCUACGUUCUCCAGCCAUUUGUACGACAGGUUUUUGCCAGCUCUUUUUCCAAUUUGCCUGAAUAUACUUUGUACGACGAGCUGGGUAAAGAAUAA